AUGGCGAACCCCCGACAAAGACGCAAGACUCGGUCAGGCAGCCACAAGCCUGUGCAGCACUCGAAGCGCGCCAAAAAACUGCAGAAGAAACAACCACCCAUACGAGGCCCGCAAGUUCUGCAGGAGGCCUGGGAUGCGCGGAAGACGGUUAGACAAAAUUACGAAGCGUUGGGACUCGUCGCGAGCCUGAACCCGAUCGCGUCCGGAGGGACGGAGCGGGCGCAAGCAAAGCGUGCGGAUGACAAGGAAGCUCCGGCGCGGCUAGAAGCACCGUCGUCUACGUCAACAAGGCCGGCAGGGACGAACGGGGUCCCCAAGGGGUUCGGAAAAAUCAUCCGCGACGCCGAGGGCAACGUCGUGGACGUGCAGCUGGCAGUGGACGAGGAGGUGGACGAGGCGGCGACAGAAGGCGAGGGGGUGGACGAGGGGGUUCCAGAUCCCCGCGGGAACGCGCAGCUGGCGGGAUGGGUGGAAGUGGGCUCAGACCCCAAGAAGGCGCAGGGUCCGCCAAGCACGGCGGGCACGCGUCAGCUGUCGGAGGCGCGCGCGGGGCCAGUGCCGCGGCACACGUCCAAGGGCGAGCACGCGACGCUGCAGCGGCUGAUCGCCAAGCACGGCGAAGACGUGGAGGCGAUGGCGCGGGACGUGAAGCUGAAUGUGGACCAGCGCACGGCCGGCGAGCUGAAGCGGGCGAUACGCAAGGCGGGCGGGAGCGCCGCGCUGGGUCGGGCAGGAUAG